CAAAACUUCAAUGCACUGUCUGUGGCAUAUGUAUUUUGGACUUUGCUCUCUACUAAUGCAGAUUGUAUGCCCACAACAUAAAGACUGCUAACAGGAUUGCUGACAUGACUGAGGGAGUAUCUAAUGUGUACCAUAUGAGCCUGGCUACUUCAGAUUUGGGUCGUCUCACAAAGAUGUCUGAAAUGGACCUUAAUAAAGCUGAGGCAGAACCUGUUUCAAAGAAGGGCUCCCAUUUUGAGAGUUCAGACCCACCUCUGGGUGUUUGUACCUCCAUGAUAAACACAAGACCAAUGGAGGCUACAUCCAGCUGUCAGGAUGAAGGCCGGUCCACAGCACAGAGCCCCAUACAGCUGGAAAAGCUACACCCAUCACCACCCAGCCAUGUGUCUUUAAAAAGUGAUUGGUCAAUACAACAGCCACUGAACUUCACAGAUACGUCUUUUUCUUCUGGAUAUGGCCCCAUACAGCUGGAAAAGCCACACCCAUCACCACCCAGCCAUGUGUCUUUAAAAAGUGAUUGGUCAAUAGAACAGCCACUGAACUUCACAGAUACGUCUUUUUCUUCUGGAUAUGGGACCAAUCAAAACGCCGAGCAGAGAAUUGACCAGAGCAUCUGUUUGAGUACUAGUAAGAUACCAGUAAGCUCUGAAAUGUCCACAUCAUUAUCUGAAGAUGAAUCGAAUGUAAAGUUUAAAUCCACUCUCAAGGAUCGGUUCCAGCGACUAUCCAGUGGACUACAAAGUCAUGGUCAUUCAACAUUCCUCAAUGACAUCUACACAGAGCUUUAUAUCACAGAGGGGGGAGUUGGAGAAGUCAAUAAUGAGCACGAGGUAAGACAGAUUGAGAUAGCAUCCAGGAGACACUUGUCAGCCGAGGACACCCCAAUCAAAUGUAAUGACAUCUUUAAACCAUUACCUGGACAAGAUAAACCCACCAAAACUGUGCUCACAAAGGGAGUGGCUGGAAUUGGAAAAACUGUGUCUGUGCAGAAAUUUAUUCUGGAUUGGGCUGAAGGCAAAGCAAAUCAGGAUGUCCACUUCAUAUUUCCACUUCUUUUCAGGGAGCUCAAUUUGAUGAGGGACCAAAAAUACAGCCUGAAUGACCUUCUGCAAAGGUUUUUCAUGAAAGAAAUUGAUGAAAGCUCACUUCGAGCAAAACACCAUUCUCUUAUUUUCAUUUUUGAUGGUCUAGAUGAGUGUCGCCUUAAUUUAGAUUUUCAGAACAAUAAGAAUUUAUGGGAUGCAACAAAGGCCACCUCAGUAGACAUCCUGUUGACAAACCUCAUCAAGGGGAAUCUUCUUCCCUCUGCACACAUCUGGAUGACCUCUCGACCAGCAGCAGCCAAUCAAAUUCCUCCUGAAUGUGUUAGUCGAAUCACAGAGAUCCGGGGAUUUGGUAACCCUCAGAAAGAGGAGUACUUCAGGAAGCGAAUCACCGACCAGAGUCUGGCCAAUAAAACCAUUGCACACCUGAAGUCAUCCAGGAGCCUCUACAUCAUGUGCCACAUACCGGUAUUUUGCUGGAUUUCAGCAACUGUUCUAGAGGGAAUACUCAGAGAAGCUGAAGGGGCAGCAAUACCCAAGACCCUGACUCAAAUGUACACGCACUUCCUAAUCCAAAUGUGCAUUAGAAAGGAAAAGUAUACAGACACCACAUGUGUGGAUAAAGAGAUGAUUUUCAAGCUUGGGCAGCUUGCCUUCAGGCAGUUAGUAAGAGGCAAUCUGAUCUUCUAUGAGGAAGACCUGAGUGAUUGUGGCAUUGACGUCAAAGACGCAGUGUUGUAUUCAGGAGUGUGCACACAGAUCUUCAGGGAGGAGUCUGAGUUGAGCUGUGGAAAGGGGAAGGUCUUUUGCUUUGUGCACCUGAGCAUUCAGGAGCAUCUGGCAGCAUUGUAUGUCUACAUAUCCUUCAUUGAAGGAGAUAGAGCCGUGCUUAAUCAGUGGAUACCAAAAAAUCCUGUUGUCAUGUCUCCAUGUUCUUCCAUCUGUGACCUUCACAAAAGCGCAGUGGACAAAACCCUGCAGAGCAGAAACGGAGAGUUAGACUUGUUCCUUCGCUUCCUGCUCGGCCUCUCCCAGGAGAGCAACCAGUCUCUCCUACAGAUACUGUUGCCGGAGAUAUCGGUCUGUGAUUCCUGGAGUAUGAAGGAAACGAUUGAGUACAUUAAAAUACGGAUCAGGAUGAAUCCCCCUCCAGAGAAAUACAUCAACCUGUUUUACUGCCUGAAUGAACUGAAUGACUUUUCCUUGGAGGAGGAGAUACAAAACUUCCAAAGUACCGGACGCCUCUCAAAGACAAAGCUCUCCUCGUUGCAGUGGUCAGCUCUGGUCUUUGUGCUGUUGACCUCAGAGAGGGAGCUCAGUGUCUUUGACCUGAGAAAGUAUAGCUUGGACAAUGCCAAUGAAUGCCUUCGGAGAAUGCUUCCUGUCGUUAUGGCAUCAAGAACAGCUGAGCUCAGGAACUGUAACCUCUCAGACAACAGCUUUCCAGCUAUUGCCUCAGCCCUUGACUCAAAAUCUUCAAAUCUCACAGAGUUGAAACUUAGUGGAAACACAUUGCAUGGGUCUGGCAUAAAAAUACUUUCUGAGGGGUUCAAGAGUUCACACUGUAAACUGGAGAUACUUGAGCUGUCAGACUGUAACAUCGCAGCAGAUGACUGCAUCAUGCUGGCUUCAGCUCUUAACUCCAAUCCUUCAUUUCUGAGAGAGCUGGACCUUAGCUUCAAUCUUCUAGGGGAUUCUGGAAUCAAGUUGCUCUCUGGAGCUCUUCGAAAUCCAUGCUGCAAGCUGAAAAAAUUAAAGCUGUUUGGCUGUGAACUAACAAUGAAAAGCUGUGAGGCCAUGUCUGCUGCUCUGAAAAAUAACUCUAGCCUGACUGAGUUGGACUUGAGUAAAAAUGCUCUUCAGGACUCUGGAGUGAAGCUGCUUUCUUAUGGACUGAAGAAUCCUCGUUGUACGAUAAGGAAUCUUAGCCUAAAGGACUGCCGCUUAACGGACAUUGGCUGUCACUGGCUCUGCACUGCUCUGAAAUCCAACCCCUCUCAUCUCUGUGAGCUCUGUCUGGACAGGAACACACUUAGAAACAUUGGAGUAAGGACCAUUUCAGACUUCCUGAAAGAGCCAUACUGUAAGCUGGAGAAAUUGAGCCUGUCAUAUUGCAAUGUCUCAGAAGAAGGCUGCGUUGCUCUGGCCUCGGCUCUCACGCUAAACCCCGCCCACUUGAAAGAGCUGUGGCUGACGGGGAACAAGCCGGGGGCCUGUGGGAGGAGUCAGCUCUCCGCUCUGCAGGAGCAUAAGGAUUACAGAUUGGAGAAAUUACAACUAUAGAAGAUUAAUGCGGUAACACCCACACAUGACACAACUAAACAUGUUCUACACUAUCCAAAGAAGGGCUCGAACAGCUGGAAUGUACUGUAUUACAUCAACUUGUACUUGAAAGCAUGGAUCGGAAAUAUUUAUACUUGUUGCCAGCUGCUUUGGAAACAUCAAAAAUAUGGAGAUGGAUUUACCAGAGGUGGACUUUACAAUGCUCUUUGCCUGAUAUGUAUUCACAUAUUCCACUUUUUUUCCUAAGUCGUAAGCAUGGUUACAUCAAGUACUCCUACAAUGUGUGUGAGCUGUCUGAGUGAUUGUAUCUAUCUGUAAAGUGUCCUUGAGUUCGAGAAAGGCAUUAUAUAAAUAUAUAUAAAUCCAAAACAGUGAACUAUCAUGCACUCACAGAAUACAUGAUGAACAACCAAUUGUUCCAUGUACUGCCUACAAACACUGUGUUAGGGAACUGUAUUAUUAUUCUUAGUAGUAGUAGUAGCAGUUACGUUGAUAUGAUGCAAACAUGAAACUAAAUAGUCUGGGUUAA